AUUAUGGUCAUUUUUUUGGUUGUUGUUAAUAAAUUUCAUAAAAUUCAAUAGUUAAAAGCUCGAAUUAUUGUUAAAAUUUUGCAUUAAUCCGUUCUUUGGUGUGCUGUGAGUGCAUUUCACGUACAAAAUUGUUAACGCUCUUGCCGAAAUUUUCGAAAAAAUCGAAAAUAUUUGAGACGGCAACAAAACAAUUCUAAAACAAGAACAUUUUGCGAGACAUAAAAUAUCAAAAAUAGACUUUGUUGGCGGCGUAUGAGUCGAAUUACGUCAAAUUACGACGAAUUCCGUGUAUUACGACGAGUUUUUGUAGCAUAAGAUCAUUAAAGUAGCGGAAAAUUGGGCAAAAAUACAUUUUUACGAUACGAGACGAGACGAAGCUUUCGUGUUCGCUUAUGAAGGAACGUAGACAGUAGACAAUAAAAAUACGGAAAUGCGUCUGGAGUUGAUAUUGUUAUUUUUGGUUUCGGCUUUUGUUUCUCCCUCUGUGAGUGUCAUUGGAAAUGUUCCGGAGACCGUUUGUGAGACUUAUGAUCAGAGUAAAUGUACCGGAGGACAUUACGAGGGAUGUGUAAAGAACGAAACUUGUCCCAUUGAGACAAAUGAUCGUCCCAACAACUGUUUUGUCUUAUGGAAAGAAGAUCCGCCGGGCAAUAUUACUGUCACAAUGAAAGGUUGUUUCACGGAAAAUCAAGCUUGUAAUCACACGGAUUGUAUUGACACGAAUGUCGCGGGUCGAAAUCACAUGAAGUUUUGUUGUUGCAGCGGAAGUUUGUGUAAUCGCGAUCACAAAUGGAGUCCCGUAACGGCGGCGACGCCAAAUGCUGUUGUCCCGACAGAAGCUCCCACAGAUACGAGUGAACGGCUGAUAAAAAUCUUGGUUAUUGUUAUAAUGGCAGCUGUUGCCUUCUCAUCGUGUACUGUCUUCAUCCUCAUGAAGUAUCGACACUCGUCGUUUAAUCAAAUCCCGUCGAAUGAUCCCGAAGCGACAGAUAGCGGACCGAGUUUGGAGCUUUUGUCGAUCAAAUUGAUCGAGAUGAAGGCUCAAGGUCGCUUUGGAACAGUUUGGAAGGCACAAAUGCGUCCUGAGGAAGUUGCUGUGAAGAUUUUCCCGAUGCAAGAUAAACAAUCAUGGGAAACGGAACACAAUAUUUUCAAAUUGCCACGCAUGAAACAUCCGAAUAUCUUGCAAUUUAUCGGAGCAGACAAAUUCCCGGAUGGAAGUGACAUAAAAUUGUGGUUAAUUACGGCUUAUCAUUCGAAUGGUUCAUUAUGCGAUUAUUUGAAGUCGCAUACAGUGACAUGGCCUGAGUUAUGUAAGAUCGCAGAAUCGAUGGCGCGUGGAUUGAUGCAUUUGCACGAAGAAAUUGCAGCGAGUAAAACGGAAGGAUUGAAACCGGCAAUUGCUCACAGGGACUUCAAGAGUAAAAAUGUUUUGUUAAAAGACGAUUUGACGGCUUGCAUUGCGGAUUUCGGACUCGCUUUGGUAUUCAAACCGGGAGAACCUUGCGGAGAUACGCAUGGGCAAGUUGGUACAAGACGCUAUAUGGCACCCGAAAUCUUGGAAGGAGCGAUCAAUUUUACUCGAGAUGCGUUUUUAAGGAUAGAUGUUUACGCUUGUGGACUUGUUUUGUGGGAACUUGUUUCUCGUUGUACUGCCCAUAAUGGAAUUGUUUCAGAUUAUACUUUGCCAUUCGAAAUUGAGAUUGGACCUCAUCCAUCGUUGGAAGAAAUGCAAGAGAAUGUCGUAACAAAGAAAGUUCGUCCCGGAAUUCAAGAACAUUGGAGAAAUCAUAAAGGUUUAAAUGCGAUAUGCGAAACAAUGGAAGAGUGUUGGGAUCAUGAUGCUGAAGCGCGUUUGUCUGCUUCUUGCGUCAUGGAACGCGUUUCACAACACAUGAAAUACCCAAGCACGCAGCUUCACAUCGAAACAAACAACUCCGUGAGCCAUAACAAGGAUGUGUCUGAUAGUACAUAAGCAUACCCCUCGGGGAAUUGACAGAGAUUUCAUUUUAGUAAGUAAAAAAAACUAACAAAGGGCGUUUUUAUCAAUAUUUACACACGAAAAAACUUCAAAAUUGCCAUAUUUAGAAAAAACAAAGAAAGAAAAAAUAUUUUCAGGAUUCGUACUAAAAGAAAAGUUCAUAAAAAACGCCCCGAAAAAAGUUCCCUGUCGGUUAUCGCGCGCGUUCGAGAGACAAAAACCACCCACAAAAGUAAUAUUAAUUUUUAUCUACUAUAAAAAGUAUUAUCGAUAAGCUAACAAGUAAGAACGUCGUCGUCGUCGGUGUCUAUGAUCUUAUAUACAAAACUUCGUUAACACUUUUUUUAACGAAAAAAAAUUUUAUUUACCAACAAUGAUGAGAAUUUAUACAACACAAGCUCAGAAAAUAUUUUAAAACAUAGGAAACAUAUCAGAGAUUGAUUUAAAAAAAAUAUUAAAAAUGUGCCAAAUUUCGUUUUUGAUAAUCAUUUAAAAAAAAAAUAUUACCUUUGAACUUGGCAUCCUCCUCAAAAUAACAAUUAAUCGUUAAGUUUCAAGUGUUACAUAGUUCUUCCACAAAUCCACAAUCAAAAGAAAAAAAAAAUGUUUUUAAUUUUAAAGAAUGUGAAAAAAAAAUUGAAAGUGUCUUUUUAAAUAUUCAAUAUUUAAAGCAAAAAAUUGGCUGAAAAAAUUAUAUUGGACUGAAUUGUUA